GGCGCGCGGCAGCGCCACUGGCCGGAGAACGAGUGGCGCGACAACACCAACUUGGACAAGGCCAGGGGGCUCUUGGCCGAAGUGAAGCUCCAGUUUGGUGACGUCAGCUGGUCCGACCUCAUGACCUUCGCGGGCACGGCAGCGAUCAAGUUGAGCGGCGGCCCGGCCAAGAAGUUCUGCUUCGGGCGGAUGGACGAUGUGAACGGCGAUCGCUCCAUCCCACUGGGCGUAGAGGGUGUGACCCAGUGCCGCGGCAGCAAGUUCUGCAAGUCCGACGCCGAGUGCCCGAACGCCUUCCGGUGGCCGGAACAGAACGACACAGACCAUGCGCGCUGCAACAUCGAGCAGCCCAAGCAUCGACUCCAGGCCAGCCACUCCGUCGGCCUGAUCUACGUCUACCCCGAGGGGCCGGAGCUCAAGAGUACGGCUGACGGCUACAACUCUAACUUGGUACACAACCGCUCGCCGAAGCUCAGUGCCCUAGAGGUCCGAGACACCUUCCGUGAUCGGAUGGGCUGGACCGACCGCGAAACCGUGGCCCUCAUCGGCGGCGGUCACACAUUGGGCCGAACCCACGGCAACUGCAACCUCACCGGCACCAAGUGGGCACAGGCUCCUUACAACAACGUGGGACCCUACUUCGAGGCCACACCAGGCAGCCUCCGGGGACCGACGGAUGGUACCUGUGGCACCGGCGUGGAGGCGGGCCGUGGCAAGAACACCGUGUCCUCUGGCUUCGAGGGCCCUUGGACCCGUAGCCCGUCCCGCUGGAACUAUGACUUCUUCGAUGCUCUGCUGUCGGAAGAGUGGGUGCCUGCAAAGAGCCCGUAUGGUGCUGACCAGUGGCACACCAGGAACGAGACCAGCAAGUUUGCCCGGACCAUGCGCCUGACCUCGGAUGUCUCCCUGGUUGCGGACAAAAUCUACCGCCCGAUCGUCGAGGAGUACGCCGCCGACCAUGCCCAGUUCGACGCGGACUUCGCCGAUGCUUGGUUCAAGCUGGUGCACCGUUCGGAGGACCAUCCGCACAAGGACGACCUGGAGAAGGAC